AUGGGAGAUUCUAUAGUUUAAUAAUAAACAAAAAUUAUAAAUGAACAAAGAUUCUAAACAGAAAAUUCAAUCAAUUAUUAUAAUGAGUUUGAUAAAUUAACUAAAUCUAAUUUAAGAAUGAGGAAUCCUGAUGAACAAUGUCAUUUUUGAAAAACAAUUUUUGGGUUUUUGUUAGUACUUCAUAAAAAUACAGACUUAGAGAUCGAAAAGAAUUAGAAUAGGAAGAAAAAUAGAUUGGAAGAGAUAGAAGAAAAUUUUAUAAUGUAAAAAAUAAUUGGAAAUAUAUUAUACAUAAAUAGAUACUUAAAUCUCAUAAAAAAUAAAUAUAAAGAUCCUAUCAAAUUAUAUUAAACUUCUCCAAUGAUUGAAAAUAAAAAAUCAAAAGAAGUAAGCCUACGGUCGACAAAGAAGUUAGACAUAGCAUCUUUAACCGUAAUCUAUAUUAUAUAGAUCACUAUAAUAGUAUAAAAUUAGGGUAUAAAAAUGGAAGGGAAUGAACAUUAUGAAUGA